GUGAUUUUCGUUCCGGCUCUUAAUUUUCGCUAUGCGCUGUUUCUCUUCCAAAUUUUCGUGAUUACUUCCACUCUUUCACUCAUGCUUACGCAUUCGAAUUAUGUGACUAUGUGGACCGGAGAUGUAAGCUAAUAAAUUUCCCAAACUACCCUCUCCAUUUCUCUUCGUAAAUCGAAGCUACUGCUCCGUACUUGUUCUCCUCUCUCUCCUCUCUCUCUCUCUGAACUCAAUGGACGACUCCCAGUCUCAGUCCGACGUUGUAGACUCGAAUUCCGAGGCCGGAGGAUGGUCCGGCGCCGGAUCGAGCUCGGCGAGGUACAAGCUCAUGUCGCCGGCGAAGCUCCCGAUCUCCAGAUCCCCGUGCAUCACCAUUCCUCCAGGUCUCAGCCCGUCGUCGUUUCUCGAGUCCCCUGUUUUCCUCUCCAAUAUGAAGGCAGAGCCUUCUCCAACUACAGGUUCAUAUUUUAGGCGUCAAUUGAUGCAUUUCUCUGGCAGUUCCCCUGGUUUCUCAUUUGCUGCUAAUUCCUCCACUAGUACUACUGUCGAUGAAAGUAAAACCGUUGGUUUUGAGUUCAAACCCCAUGCUGGAUCUGUUUCGAGAUUACCAGCAGUGACACCCAUGACUACAGGCAUGAACACCCAGACAAGUGAGGCAUUUGCACAAUUUCAAGCUCAAUGCCAGUCUCAACCAUUUGCAUCACUGACUUGUGUGAAAAGUGAGAUGGCAUCAUCCUCAAAAGAAGUGAAACUACCUACACCUGUUCAUAUGUAUGCUUCAACAUCGACGGCACCUGCUGGAGUUGAUUAUGAUGAGUUUAAGGAGGGAUUGCCCCUAAAUUCAGGGGAACAAGCAUCGCAAUCUAAUCAUAAAGACACUGGGGCUCCAGUCACUGCUGAUAGGUCAUCUGAUGAUGGAUAUAACUGGCGAAAAUAUGGGCAGAAACUUGUCAAAGGAUGUGAAUUUCCACGGAGCUAUUACAAAUGUACACAUCCUAACUGUGAGGUGAAGAAGAUUUUCGAACGCUCUUUCGAUGGCCAAAUCAAGGAGAUUGUGUAUAAGGGUACACAUGAUCAUCCUAAACCUCAACCUGCCCGUCGAUUUUCUGCGGGUGCUAUUAUGUCCAACCAAGAGAAAACUGAUAAGGUUUCAUCUUUAACAGCUCAAGAAGACAAAUCUGCUUUAAGUGCUCAGAUGUAUUCUCACAUUGAGCCAAAUGGGACCCCUGAGCUAUCUCCUCGUGGAACAAAUGAUGAUAGUGUCGAAGGUGCAGCUCCCCAGUUGAAUGGAACAAACGAUGAGGUUGAUGAUGAUGACCCAUUUUCAAAGCGAAGGAAGUUUGACAGUGUCGGCUCUGAUAUCACAUCAGUAGUUAAACCAAUUCGUGAACCACGUGUAGUUGUUCAAACUACGAGUGAGGUUGAUAUUCUUGAUGAUGGCUAUCGAUGGCGUAAAUAUGGGCAGAAAGUGGUGAGAGGCAAUCCUAAUCCAAGGAGUUAUUACAAGUGCACAAAUGCUGGAUGCCCGGUUAGGAAACAUGUUGAAAGGGCCUCUCAUGAUCCCAAGGCUGUUAUAACUACGUACGAGGGGAAACACAAUCACGAUGUACCCACGGCGAGGACUGGUAGCCAUGACAUGGCGGGGCCUGCAACUAUGAACGGAAUGCCAAGGGUUAGAUCAGACGAGAGCCAUUCAAUCAGCCUCGAUCUUGGGGUUGGGAUUAGCUCUGGUGCUGAAAACGGAUACAACGAGCAGCAAAUAAAACCUCUGCAAAACCAGUACAGUAGUGUUGGCUCCAAUUGUAAGGUUACUCAAGGAACCCCUAUGUUAGCGUAUUAUGGUGUUGGAAAUGGCGUUGCGCAUGUAUCAACAGAAAAUCGUAUUGAUGGUCGUAGCUUUCAGACUCUACCAUCGAAUCAUCCUUCUAACCCAUACCCACAAAACUUGGAAAGGAUAGUUUUGGGCCCAUAGCAUUGUUUUCUGAUUGGGAGGAAAGAAUAAUGGAAACAUUGUGGGUUUUCUCGCUUGGUGCCCCUGAGGGAUGGAAGGCUGAAGGGUUUAAUACUGAGGACAAGGUUAUGAGAAAAUCCUCUAUGAAAACCUUUAGCGCUGAUCUUGCUGUAUCUUUUGCCUGCUGCUUUUCAGUGAAGCUUUGCAGUUCUCUUUAAGUCUGUUUCUUAUACUCUACAUUAAUCUCUCUUACCCCACAUGUUCUGUACAAAUAUGAAAUUAAAAUUACAGUUCUGACCGACACAUGUUGUAACUUCAAUUUGUGCUAGAAAUGAAAGGUACUUGCAGAAAAAUACUUGCCUAUGUCCUGUUGGAUCUUUUAGAUCGCUUUCAAAAGCCUUGUAAUAUUAUGGAUUGAAUAGAGAGCUUCGUAUCUCAUUCUCAUAUAGCUAGCUAGACCAAAUAUUGAGCAA